UUCUGACAGCGAGGACAGCACCAGACGCUAUACUCUCGCAAGCGAUUCGAUUUUCCUGAGCUGGCCAGGCGGAGGUGUAUGGCCCCGUACCCCUUUGAGAUGAAUCCCGUUGGCCUACCGGGGUCUCCGUCCCACGAGAUUAAACUCCACCAGAAAGAACAGUCGGAUACGGAGUGUGAGGAACUUCAACCCAAAGAUAUGACAACCGACAAAGGAUACAAAAGUAAGACGAGCAGUCUUCCAUUCAGCGUCGAAUCAUUGAUUUCCAAGAAAACAACCUGCAGGACUUACUAUUCUUCUCCCUCUUCGGAUUCGGGUCUCGUUCAACCGAAGCCUGUGGCGGCGGCGGGGCAGAUCACCGAACAGUUUUCUCCAAGGACUUUUUACGUUGAGAGGAAAGUUUCCCCAGAAAGCUCGCAGAGCGUGUCCGACUGUCAGAAUGACGACAAUCAAGAUUUUUGCGAGAAAGACCAGAGCACUUGGUUCCAGACUUCAUCUUUCUCGACUCCCCCCCGAAGCUUAAGUCCACCUCCAUGUCCUUUAAGGAAACAUAAAAACAACCGAAAACCUCGAACGCCUUUCACUACCUCCCAGCUGCUCGCUCUGGAAAGGAAGUUCCGACAAAAGCAGUACCUCUCCAUUGCAGAGCGAGCCGAAUUCUCCAACUCCCUCAAUUUGACCGAGACCCAGGUCAAAAUCUGGUUCCAAAACAGAAGGGCUAAAGCCAAGAGACUUCAGGAGGCCGAGUUGGAAAAGUACAAACUGGCGUCGAAACCCAUGCUACCUGCCUUUGCUCUGCCAUUCCCCCUGGGAGCGCACAUGGGCUCUCCAUCUCUCUAUGGACAUUCAAACGCCUACCCCAGGCCCACUUUACCUGUUCCGGGACUCUUCGGUGGACCUGUCACCUAUGGAAUGUAUUAUUUGUCUUGACCUAGAUUGUGUAUUUACAUUUGAGAGAAUAUUAUAUGUCAUUUGUAUGUCUUCAAACAUGGUUGCAACACUUAACUUUACUCCCUGUCUGAAACAUGGAUAUAUCUUUUUUCCAGAAAGGCAAAAUUUCCCAGAAAGCCCAUAGGCCUUUAUUUGUCUACGCGACAGAGAUUAUUUUUUAGAUAUAUGUUGUAUACGCUCAUUAAAGUCAAAUAGGCCAAUACUUGUGGGACAUGUUCUCAUGCCUAGAUAUGCUUAGCCAAAUGUUGGCCACAUUGUUGAUUGAAGGAUGGUGAUUGCAAGAUAAUUUUAUAUCAAAGGCCUGUAGGCAUUAUUUUGUAUAUUUUCGAUAGCGAUGUCUGAUAGUUGAGCAAUUAUCAAUGGCCAAGUUGUUAAUGCACGUGAGGCCUUAAAACACAACCCGUUUGCCACUUGCAGCGUGUGUAAUUGAUCACUAGAUCUAUACAUUGUUUUGUAUCCAUUUCGAUUAUACACAAAGGGGGGCAUUAACAUUAAGUGUAUGUAAUUUAACAGGACUAGACAACGGCAAUAUCCUCGUGCAUAAUAUAUAGCCCUGUGCGCCAUGCAACGAAAAAGUACUUAAAAACAGCCUUAUUGAAAGUGCCUUCAAAUACCAACUAGGCCUAUUUUGAGCUCUCGAAAAGCUUACUUGAAUUGUAAAAUGUCUGUCAUUUGUUCAACAUUGACGAUUUUUCACACUCAAUUGUACGUGCAUACAAUUAUGAAGAAUCAUGACCCACAGAUUUAUGCAUGUGUACAUUUGCCGCAUUUCUUUCCAGUUGCAAGCUCUGUAAAUCCGGUUUAUUUUCAUGGUGUGAAAUAUUACUUUAGAAAACAAAUGUGCAUAAACGAUUUGUACUUUUUCACUAUGCGAGGCCUUAAGACCAAUUACAAAUGGGAUAUUUGUAUGAUAUAAAAUUGAUUUUAUUUUCAAGAAAUAUAAAUAAUAUCAUUGUAAAUAGUGUUCACGUGUCCUGCAACUCUGAUGGAAGAAGGCGCAGGAAUAUUGAUAUUUAUUAAAUAUCUCUGUAUCUGUACUGUGUACAUACAUGGUCUUAUUUUAAUUAUUCACUUAUACCUGUAAAAACUGAGCUCAGUAAAUAAACAUUAUAAUUUAAA